CUAUUGGAGAUCUUAUAAUGUUGAGGAAGAUGAGUCUUCUUGGGACUUGGAUAAAGAAGCUACCAGACUCAAUAGGCAGGCUAGUAUCCUUGCUUGAGUUAGAUUUGAGGGGAAUGAGUAUCACAGAAUUACCUGCUUCUAUUGGGAAUCUCAAAAGGUUGGAGAUUUUAUGUCUAGACCAUAGUGCAAUAAGAGAGCUACCAAUGGCCAUAUGGACGUUGGAGAGUCUUAAGAAGUUGACAGCCUCAUGCUGUAGAAAUCUAGAGGGGGAAAUUCCAAGUGAAAUUGGGGAUCUGUCAUUUUUGAAAACACUAGAUCUUACACGCAACAAGAUUAGAAGAUUUCCCACAACUAUGAAUCAGCUUUCUCAUCUCGCAACGACUUUAUUGUAAUUAUUGCUAUAAAAUCGAAUUGUUGCUGGAGCUGCCCAUGAGUUUGAAGAGUUUGGAGUUUCCAUCUCAUUUAUUGUGGACAGCCCCUAACCUCCCAUACCUAACUAACUUACUCGAUCUUGAUAUAUGUGAGGGCACUCCUCGGUUGUCGGAAUUUGGACAAGGAGCUCUAGAGAUGGAUUGGGUUAAGGGGAUAACUUUUCUAGAGAGAUUGACACUCGCUCUAGAAGAUGUCACAUUUCCUCCAGUUAAUUUGGCCACUCUUACUCAAUUACGGCAACUUCAUAUAACUUGUUUUGACCCUCAAUCUCUAAUAGGGCUUCCGUCCAGUCUUGAAACUUUGUCACUAUCUUAUGUCAAGUUGCCCAUAGAAAGGUCGCUCUUGUCCAACUUGACCAAUCUGUCCCACUUGUCCCUUCAUAGAUCUCAACGGAGGGUAGUUGAAUUUGAUUCUCUGCUUGGACAGCACCGUGAGAAACUCGAUCAUUUACAGUUAGGGAAAGGUGAAUUGCCUGCGAGGCUAUCGGUAUCAGGUCUAAAGGGGCUCCAAGAGUUGUAUGUGUAUGCUUGCCCAAACGUAGUGGAGGUUCAUGGCGUGGAGAAAUUGGAAUUGCGAAAGAGUUUGCAUAUUUCCAGUAGCAGUUCCUUCGAAACGUUGCCUGAUCUAUCAGAGUUAAAGAAGCUGCAGAUCGUGGGUCUCACAUUUUGUCCCCCGCAGAAUUUGCCCGAUCUACGUCUUCCAGACACGUGUUAUAUGACUGUUGUUGGAUGCGGGAAUUUACGUGCCUUCAAGGGCUAUUACAGUGAAUGGAAAGAUAGACAGAGCGUGCGGACCGUGGACGAUGUCAAUAGCGAACGAUGGAUGGGUUGAAACGGGUUUCGAAAUGAAUUCAUCCAACCCAGUUUAAGACUCAGACGUCUCCUUUCUCCCUCUUGGCUCUCUCCUCUGUUCCUCGAAUAUAGAGCCCUAGACGCCCCCAGUUCGCGCCUCAGCCUUUCCUUGACGCUUCGAGCUGUUCGACUCGCUUCACUAACUUGGCAGUUUCGGCGUUCUUGGAGCAGAUCACGCCCUCCAGCACUGGGACGUGGGACGCCGUCUCUUGGACGAGCUUGUGCUCGAGGGUCUCGAUCUUGAGGCGCGUCUUACACGGGCAGAGGAGCGCAGAGGUGUACAGUGGGCGGGGCUGGACCUGGGUGGAGGAGUGCGGGAGUAGGCGCUCAAGGAGCGGCCGAACGUCGCCUUCUUGGGGGAGAUCUUGGGCAGCUCGGCGGCGGCGGAGUCUCGGGCUUCGGCUUAUUUGUUUCAAGGGUGGGUACUUCUUCAUUCUUUAUAGGCCCUGGACACACUUGGAAGUGCCAAAUGGAAGGUUAAUCGAAGAGUACUUGCUGUAGUGGAGAGCCUUUGGGCUCAAGGGGAUGUGUUGGAGGUUUGGUUGAGAGAUAUGACGUGAGUACAUACAAGAUUCAUGCUCAUGACAAACUACGGUUCUUUGUUUGCAGAUUGUGUUUAUCCAACUUAUUGCUGAAGAUCCUGAUCUGUAAUGGCAUUAUUAUCGUCGGGUAUGACCAGUACAUCGUUGAUGUUCUAUAUCUAGGUUCUUCUGUUCAGGAAAAAAGUUGACUUCGCUCGAUGAUAUCCUUCGGCAGUGACUUCUAUGUAUAACAUGAUUUGACUAGAGUUGUCGAUCACUUUCUUUAAUUAAUCUGAUUCUAUGUGGAUUGACUAAUCUGAAACAGGAAACGAGAAAGAAUUAUGUCCAUUAGUGUUGUAAGA